UCGCGUAUAUGUGGUGGUGACAGAUUUUUUCGCACCCGAAACCUCUUAAACGAGCCCGCCGCGUUUUUGUUGGGCAGUGCGGUCUGAAAUUGCCAAAUACCCGUAAUGCGUCACCCGCUGCUCUUCGUUCUGGUAGGUUUUUUCGGUUCAAAGGAGGUUUUUCCGCAACUGACGAACAAGUUGCACGUCGGGGUGAUGUUUGAAUCCCUGUGUCCGGACAGUCAAAAAUUCAUAAAAGACCUAUACAGGAACUGGGCGGACGUAUCAAACUACGUCGACAUAAAAUUUAUACCGUUCGGUAAGGGUGCGAGCAUCGCAGGUGGAUCGACAUUCGUCUGUCAACACGGUCCGCUCGAAUGCAAAGGCAACCGUCUCAUGUCAUGCGCACUCGCCAGGAUUCCCGGUCAAGAUCUUCAAGUAGAAUACGUCAAUUGCUUCAUGGAUAAGUUCAGGCACAGUCGAACCGACGAAAACGAAUUUGGGCAGGAGUGUGCUACGUCGAUAGGCCUGAACUUAAACGAAAUACUUGAGUGUUACCAGUCUUCGGAGGGCGCAGUUUUGCAACUUCGAGCGGAACAAGACACGUUAAAAUUUUUGCCAAAAUUUAUACCUACCAUUAUAUAUAACCAGGAAUUUAACCAGGAGCUGCAGGACGCGAGCCUGAACGAUUUUCGUGAUGUUGUGUGCCAGUUGUCGCAGAAACUUUUCGGACGAUUGUGUACCAGACUUUCAAUAUUGCGCCUCUAAGGAAAAACCCCUAUUUAUUUAUUUAUUUUCUCAUUAAAAUAAGGAAGCCAUGAGUUUAUAAAAAAUUAUUAAAAGGAUUUGGAAUUACAAGGAUAUCAGUUUUUUCGAGGAAUUUAACCCUCAACAUAAACUACUUUUUGGUUCACUCGCCCACCACCUGUGAGAGUAUAAAUAUUUUGUAUUUAAAGUGGUAUAAACUAUUAAGUACUUCUGCAGUUAUUUUUGGCAGAUAAAAAUUAUUUUUAACUGGAAAUUUUUUGAUGGUAGACAGGAUGCAAUUUUUUCGUACAAAAG